CAAAUAAACCUGAAGAGGUGUGAAGGGGAUGUGGUUAUUCUGUAACGCAGUUAUAAUUGGUGUAUCGCAUCCUCUUCCCCUGAGCACAGCGCCAUCAUGGCAGAAACAUAAACAGUAGCAUCAAUGUGUCGUGACCGCAUCCUCCGCCCUCUCCGCCGUGCAUGGAGCUCUGCUAACAACCUCAGGAGUCUUUUCAUUUCACCUGGAGAAUGAUUUCUUUUCAGAAAUACCGACUUAAAUAUUUGGAAACAGAGGCACCAUUUUCCAAAUCUUCACCGAAGCCUUUCAAUAUGGGGACCUCAAAAUACAGGGAAUGAUCCGUUUUGAGAGCACUAUGCCUGCAGUUGCCUUUCAGGACCUGGUUUUGAAUAUUUACAUAGUCAUCUUUGGCACCGGGACAUUUGUCUUCGUCUUGAGUCUAAUAUUUUGCUGCUGCUUUAUAAGUAAACUGCGACACCAAGCCCGGUCUGAAAGAUUGGCUUACAAGCUGGUUGUAUUAAGAGAUGAUACAAAGCACUUGAAUAUCCAUGGGCAAACGUGUGCAGUGUGUUUAGAGGACUUCAAAAUAAAAGACGAACUUGCAGUGUUGCCAUGCCAACACGGCUUUCACAAAAGGUGUCUGUUAAAAUGGCUGGAGGUGCGCUGCGUGUGUCCCAUGUGCAACAAACCGAUCAGUGCGCCUACCAAGCACAUCAGCAACAUACUGGAUGAACUGGUAUAAAGUGGCACAAGCAAAUUCUUCCACACAAACUGACCAGGGAGCAUUCAGCCAAACACACAUCUGGAUUUGUAAGUGAUAAAACCAGUUAUAAGUCAGUGCAACUGAUAUGUUACUGACAUGUUACACUGCACUUAAUUGACAGUAUAAAAGUUUAGUAAAAAUGUAUUUGAAAACAAAAAGCCAGUCACUGGAUUUUGACUUAAAAA